GGUGAUUGUCCUGAGAAACCCCGUACAAAGGGGUUGUUGUUGUCUUUGCUUGCAUCGACUCUUGUGUACUCCUGGCUGGUCCCUAAAAAGCAGCUCUUGCCCCCUGGCUCCGCUCAGUUCUUUCUUUCUCCCAACCUUUCUCGAGACCUUUCGGCCGAAGCACCCUUGCGCGAUACACUUAUAGUCUUCCUUAUCCAUCUUACCAUCGCCAAUAAGUACGCAUAGAGUAUCACCUCUCUCAUAUCAACUCGUAUCUCGCGGCUCAGCGCGGCGGCUCAGCUUCAACAUGUCCGCCACAGCCUCUACAUCUGAAAAAACGCCGGAUGAUUCAUCCAAGUUGAAGACAUUCUUGUCUAUCCUCAGAAAGUUCGUCGGAGUGGCUGACAUUGCCUCUGUCCGCUUCUCCCUGCCUGCACAUCUUCUGGAGCCAACGCCCAAUUUGGAAUACUGGAAUUACUUAGACAGACCGGAGGCUUUUGCAAGUAUCGGGCAGUCGGAUGACCCUUUAGGGCGUAUGCUCGAGGUUUUGAGAUUUUGGUUUACCAAAGACCUGAAGUACAUCAAGGGUAAGCCAUGUAAGCCUUAUAACUCGACACUCGGGGAGUUUUUCAGGUGCACCUGGGACGUGCAAAGUACACUUCCAAAAGUAUCGCCAGUUUCGACGGCCAAUGUCAUGGACACUGUUUCUAGCUCGAAGGACAGCAACGGCGAACUUGUCAAGGUAUGCUACCUGACAGAACAGACAUCCCAUCAUCCUCCAGUGUCAGCCUUCUACAUCGACUGUCCAGUGCGAGGCAUCACUGCCCGUGGCUUCGAUCAAAUCAGUGCCAAAUUCACAGGGACUAGCAUUCGAGUCACUCCUGGCCAGCACAACUUGGGCAUAUUCAUCAAUGUUCAAAGCAGGAACAAUGAGGAGUAUCACUUGACCCAUCCGGCUGCACAUCUAGGUGGGCUGUUAAGAGGAGCUCUGGCUGUCACAGUUUCAGAUACGUGCUACAUCACUUGCGCUCAGACGCGCACCAAGGUCAUUCUGCAAUAUCUGGAAGAAGGUUGGAUCGGCCGUGCUCAAAACAGGGUUGAGGGCGUCAUCUUCCGCUACAACCCCGACAGUGAUACUGUUACGAGAAUCAAAGACGUACCCCAUGGGGAUAUUCUUGCCAAGAUCAGCGGCUCCUGGCACGGGCAAUUGUUCUACACCUUGGCUGGCUCCAAUGAGGCGAAUCUAUUGAUUGACAUCACUCCUCUCUUUCCGGUUGCAAAGGCUCUGCCUCCUGAUGACGAGCAGCUCUCCAACGAAUCUCGAAAGUUCUGGUCAGGGGUCACUGAAGCCAUCUUGGACAAACGAUACAGCCAGGCAACCAAACUCAAGCAGGAUAUCGAGGAACGUCAGCGACAAAAGGCCGCCGAACGUCAGAAAUUGAACGAGACAUGGCAACCUCGGUUCUUCACUGGUGCAGUAACGCCCAUGGGUAAGCCUGAAUUAACUGAGGAAGGACUGAGGGUGCUUGAAGGGUUACAUAAUUGUGACUACAGAUUACCAGAGAGUGAGAUAACGGGCGCAUAAACACCAGAGAAAGGUUGACUGUAAUGACAACGCUCUCGACAGCUGGUUUCUGUUGUUUCAAUUGCUGUUGGUUUCAAACCUUGCGGCUCUGUUCUAUUCGCUGUUCCGCCUGUACGUGUUUUAGACCAGGUAUACAGGGUAUAUUGUCAGCUCGUGGGACUUGCUGAUCAAUUAUUUCUCCAGGGGAGAAUUGCUGAGUUCAGCAGAUGUUAUAUAUAGUACAAGGAUUACCCCGACUAGAUAGACAAUUCUAAUAUUACCAUGCGGCAGUCAGGAAGGGCUAGAGUCAGCCCACAAUCUCCUUCUGCGACUUACUGA